AUGGUUACAAACAUGGAGUCCACUGGCAUCAUGCCCACACCCAAGGUUGUCCGAGAUGGUUCACUGCCUCCGGACGAGACUGUUGGGCCUAUUUGGCUGGGCGUCUCGACAACACUGCUCAUCUUCCUGCUUCUGACCACCAUCCUCCGACUCUGGGUCCGCAUCGCACGCCGAAACUUCGGAUGGGACGAUACAACUAUAGCUCUGGCGGCUGUGAUGGCUACAGUGCGGUACACACUCGCGGCCAUGCAGCUACCUCACGGCAACGGGAGACAUCGAGUCUACCUCAGCGAUUACGACUACAAGAUGAUCAACAUGUACGGUUGGUACGGGCAACUGUUCCAUUUUACGUCCAUGGCGUGUCUGAAGUGCUCCAUCUGCGCCUUGGUGCUUCGAUUGAAAGACAAAAGGGGCAUGCGCAUCUUCGUCUGCACAAUCAUCGCGGGUGUGAUCUACUGGAUAUAUGCAGCAAUUGCAUACUCGGCGUUGACUGAUCUUAUUCUAUCCUUCAUACCAUUGGCCUUGAUUUGGAAGGUGAAGAUUCGAAUUCAAAAGAAAGUAUCUAUCAUGUGCCUGAUGAGUCUCGGGUUGAUUGCAACCGCUUUUGGAAUAACACGAGCCGCAUUCUUGGGUGUAUCAACAGAAGACCUUAGCUGGACAUUCUGCAUCGUUGCUAUCUGGUCCAACCUCGAGCUUUUCCUCGGCAUUAUUGCCGCAAAUCUUGCCCUCUCUCGAGCUAUCUACCUUUACUUUCGACAAGGAUCUAGCACGGCGUCGAAAAGCCAAACCGAUCCGUCCGCUGCGGGCCACGUCAAUACCAGGGGGCACAUAGGGGAUAGAUUCGUCAUGCCAUCGACGACAAUCAGCACUGGUCUGAGGCGCAUACCGUCAGAGACUAGAAGUUCGGAUAGUGACAUACCGCUGGAGCCCAGGAUUCAAAAGCGGACCGACUUCUGGUGGAGAGAGGAUGGGAGUCCUCAACAGAUAACGGAUCUAGGUCCAUGA